GGUCAUCAAUUGUUUUCAACCCACAUUUAGCACUAAUAUAUUGAAUCAAAGUUGUUAGACCUGGUCGACGAUACAUAUUUAAUCACAAGUUGAAUUAAUACAUAAGAACCACUUGACAAACAUGGUAGCUUUUGAAAGUUGAAACAUUUGCCUAGUUGCUUUCUCCAUUUCUGUCUCUAGCAUAUUAUCUGAUCAUCUUGUCUCUUUCUCCUUAUUUCCUCAGAAUCAGAAACCAAGUCUUCAGCUAUGCCUAUUGUUCGAGCACUUGAAUCUGCUUCUGUAAGCAUCCUCCUUAACAAGUUGGCCACUCGAGAUGUCAUAGAUUUCUUCCUCAAGUGGGAAAUCGAUGACUCCCUGCUAGUAAAGCUCAAGAGAAACCUGCUUGUCAUUCAUGCAGUUCUCAAUCAUGCUGAGGAGAAGCAAGUUCAGGACUCAAAUGUCAAAGCUUGGCUCGAGGACGUCAGAGUUGCAGCUUAUGAUGCCGAGGACAUAUUGGAUGAAAUCGCCAAUGAUGCUCUGGAAUCACAAAACAGCAAACAUGAGGUAUGGAAUUCUAAGAUCAAAGAAGGGAUAGACUUUAAGAUCAAAGACAUUGCUAAUACUCUUAAUCCUUUUAGAGAACGUGUACAGUCGAAAAUGAUAAAGAUUAUAGAUAUAAUGGAAGAGAUUGCAAAACAGAAAGAUAUUCUUCAUUUGAGAGGAGAUUCUGGCAGUAUAGAAUCAGGUUUUAACAGAUUGCCCACGACUCCAAUGUUGGGUGAUGAAUCUCAUGUUUAUGGUAGAGAAUCUGAUAAGGAGGAGAUAAUUACUUUGCUGAAUUUGGGUGGAAAUGAUGAUGGGGUUUCUAUAAUCCCAAUUGUAGGCAUGGGAGGUAUUGGGAAGACUACACUUGCUCAGCUUGUGUAUAAUGAUGCUAAUGUGAGUAGCCAUUUUGAUUUGAAAGCCUGGGCUUGUGUCUCUGAUGUAUUUGAUGUGCAGAGGAUAACAAAAACACUUGUUGAGUCUGCGACUAAAUCAAGUUGUAGCACAAACAAUUUGGAGUUACUUCAAGAACAACUGAAAAUACGGUUGAAGGAUAAGAAAUUUCUUUUUGUUCUGGAUGAUGUCUGGAACGAGAAGUAUGAAAGCUGGGAUAAGUUAAGAGUCCCCUUCACAGUUGGUGCACCAGGAAGUAAAAUCAUAAUCACGACACGAAACAAAACAGUUGCAUCACUUAUGGGGACUGUUCCUACUUACUGUUUGGAGGGGCUUUCAGACAGUGAUUGUUGGUUAUUAUUCGAACAAAUUGUGUUUCAGAACAGGAAUCUAGAUGCCUAUCCAAAGUUGAAAGUGAUUGGCAAGAAAAUAGUGGACAAGUGUAAAGGGUUGCCCUUGGCUGCAAAGGCACUAGGAGGUCUCCUGCGUGCUGAACCGGAACUAGAUGAGAAUUACUGGAAUGAUAUCUUGAAUAGCAAACUUUGGAAACUGGCAGACAACACUAUUCUACCAGCUCUAAGAUUAAGCUACCAUCACCUCCCUGGGCAUUUGAAGCGCUGCUUUGCUUAUUGCUCGAUGUUUCCUAAGGACUAUGAAUAUGAAAGAGAGAUAUUAAUCUUGUUAUGGAUGGCAGAGGGUUUUGUGCCAGAGCCAGAAGGAAAUCAACGAAUCGAAGAUGUAGCUGGAAGAUAUGUUUCAGAUUUUUUAUCAAGGUCCUUCUUCCAACACACCAGUGACAAGUCACGACUGGUAAUGCAUGACCUCAUACAUGAUCUUGCACAAUCUGUUUCUGGCAAAACAUUUGUUAGGUUGGAGGAAAAUUCAGAGAACCAUAAAAAGUCUACAAAAGCUCGGCACUUGUCAUAUACCCGUGGAUCUGAAGAUGUAUUUCAGAAAUUUGAGGCAUUCAGUGAGGUGGAUUGUUUAAGAACCUUUCUACCACUAGACCCGUUGCAAGGAUUCAAUAUGAGUAGCUUAACUGACAAGGUUCCUUGUGAUAUGAUGCCAAAAUUAAGAUUCCUGCGGGUGCUAUCCUUUAGCGGUUAUCUCAUAGAAAAGUUGCCAGAUUCAAUUGGCAACUUGAAGCAUCUGCGAUACCUCAAUCUUUCUCAUUGUCAAAUAGAAGAGCUACCUGAGCCAACAAGCAGUCUAUACAAUCUGCAGACAUUAAUUUUAUUCAGAUGUCGAUCACUUACCAUGCUGCCUGCAGACAUAGGAAACCUAAGGAAUUUACGGCAUCUCAAUAUUCAGGGAACUAGGCUGAAAAGUAUGCCUUUGGGAAUGGGAAGAUUGGUUAACCUUCAAAUACUGUCAGAUUUUAUUGUGGGGAAAGCCAUGGGAAAAGGGAUUGCAGAAUUGAAGGACUUGUCACAUCUUCGAGGAUCAGUUUCUAUUUUGUGUUUGCAUGAUGUCGGCAGUGUUAGGGAUGCAAUUGAGGCCAGAUUAGAGGUUAAGAAGCACCUGGAUGAUUUAGUUUUGGAAUGGAGCAGCAGUACUGAUGGUUCGCGAAAUGAAGGGAUCGAGACAGAGGUACUUGAUGCACUGCAGCCUCAUGAAAACCUGAAGAAACUCACCAUUAAGUAUUAUGGAGGUACAGAAUUUCCAUAUUGGAUGGGGAAUCCUUUGUUCACUAACAUGGCGUACUUGCAUCUCUAUGGUUGCAUAAAAUGCCCAUCUUUACCACCCCUUGGCCAACUACCUUCUCUUAAAGAUCUCAUAAUUGAAGCAAUGCAUGGAAUACAGCGUGUAGGAAUGGAUUUUUUUGGGGAUGAUGAUGGUUCCACAAUUUUUUUCCCCUCUUUGGAGACUUUGAAAUUUGAGGACAUGAAAGAAUGGGAGAAGUGGUCAUCUUCAGAAGAUGAAAGGCUUAAAGGAUUUCCCAGCCUUCGGGAGCUUUCCAUAUUUAGAUGUCCCAAGUUAACAAAGUUUACACAUGGAUUUGCUUCUCUAGAAAAGCUGCGCAUCAAGAACUGCGGAGCAAUAACUACCUUCUCACAGAAUCCUGCACUUGGGAAUUUGGAACCUGUAGAAUUCCCUAGCCUGCAACUGCUUGUUCUUGUUGGUUGCAGUGAGCUUGAAAACCUUCCUUUUUCCCUCCCUUCGUUGAAAGUUCUUGAGAUAGAUGGUUGUGAAAAAUUGGCUGCACUUCCAAGGAUGGUGGAACUUAGUACAUUGUACCUGAUCGAUUCAAAUGCUGAAUUACUUGAAUGGAUUAUGGAAUUUAGCUCACUGACCUCUUUGCACCUAACUCAUAUUCCACAUGUGAAGCAUCUACCUGAAGGCUUUAUCCAACAGUCUGCAAAACUUGAAGAAUUGAGUCUUGCAGGCUUUCCUGACCUUGAAUAUUUGGCAGAUGACCGAGUUGGACUAGCACACCUUGUAUCCCUUCAACGCUUGACAAUAUCCCAUUGUCCUGAGUUUGUUGCUUUGCCUGAUGAAGAUGAUCAGCUCCCACCUGUACUUAAAUAUUUGGAUUUGAAACAUUGUCCUAGCCUGAUGAAGCUGCCGGGUAAACUUCACAACCUUGAGUGUCUUGCAGAGCUGCAGAUUGAAUGGUGUUCAAAGAUUGAAGCAUUUCCAGAUGUGGGGUUGCCUGACAAACUGAAGCGUCUUGUAGUCCGCGAAUGUGGGGCUCUGAAGACCCUUCCUCAGGAGCUUCUCUGCAAUAACAAUUUUCUCGAGUAUUUAGAAGUUCAUAAAUGUCCUUCUCUUGUGUCAGUUCUUGAAGAAGGAAACUUGCCAUCAACUCUAACACAUAUGAAAUUUUACUAUUGCAAAAUUCUGGGAUCACUGCCUGAGGGUUUGAUGCACAAAGACAAUAUGACUCUAAAGUACUUGGAGAUAGACAACUGUUCCUCUCUCAUGUCCUUUCCAAAUGGUGAGUUACCAACAAGUCUUGAGCGUCUUGAGAUUAGUGAUUGCUCUAAUUUCCAGACAUUGCCAUUGAGCCUUCUCAACCUCACGAAUCUUGAGACCUUGGAAGUAAAGAGCUGCCCCCUUCUUCAGGACUUUCCAGAGGGUAGAUUGCCACCCAACAUAAAGUUUGUCACAAUUUCCGAAUGUGAGAAUCUCAAGUCUCUACCUAAAUUCUUUCAUAAACUCAAAUGUCUUCAGAAGUUGGAGAUUUCUGGCUGUCCUAGUCUCCUGUCCUUGCCAAAGCAGGGUCUGCCCAGCAGCUUAAGAGAACUUACAGUUACUGAAUGUGAAAAGCUUAAUCCCAUACAUCAGUGGAGACUUCACAAACUACCCUCUCUAGAUGUUUUCACCAUUGGUGGAUUUCCUGGCCUGAAGUCCUUUUCAAAAGAUUAUCCUCUUCCUCACACUUUAACCUCUUUAAGCAUUCAAAGACUCCCAGAUCUUGAAUCCAUAUCGGAGGUGCUUGAGAAUCUCACCUCACUUGAAAAGCUGAGUAUCAGGGAGUGUGAUAAGCUCCAAUCUUUGCCAGAGACGGGGCUACCAGCGACAAUUUCUACCUUGACAAUUCGGUAUUGUUUGCUUCUAGAACAUCGAUGUGAAAAGAACAAAGGAGAAGAUUGGUUCAAGAUCAAAAACAUCCCCUUCGUGAAUUCACGCUAAUGGCAUGAAGAUAAUUAGAAACAGAGAAGUUGUGUCAGUUACUACAUCUUUCAUGAUCAAUCCAGAAGUACUUGCUAGAUCCCAUUCUGUACCAGAAUCUAUAGCUGGAGUGUAAAGUAUCUACAGGUUUAUAUUUCUUACAUGCACCUAGUCCAUUCACUGUUUAUCACUAUCGAACACUCCUAAAUUCCUACUCUACCAAACAUAUGGCAAGGUUGUCGGACAUUGCAAUCUCAUGAAGACUCUGCUUCCAGUAGCAAGCAUUGAUCAAUACCCUCAACUCAUUGCAGGGGAUGCACCUAUUCAAUUCUCAGAAUUUGAAAUUGAAGUGCUGCUUCCUAGUAUGCUGAAUUUCCUUUGCAAGCCAUCUACUUUUGAAAUCAAACUUCUGCUUCCUCAUGGAGACUCAAACACAGCUGUUGAUUCACGUUGAAUUUUAUGAUUGAUUGUGAAGUAUAUUUUUUGUUGAGCCAGAAAUGAUUGCUCAAGUUUUUUAUUUUUUGAUAGCUCAAGUAUGAUAUUGGACAUACAUUUUGGGGGCCAAUUUUUAGCAAAGAGAAGUAUCAAAAACUGAGAUUGCUGAUAUAUGUCUGAUUACCUGUACUUUGAUUGUAGCUGUGGAAUAGUGCAGGGCAGAUAGUACAUGAUCACAGAAUUUCUUCUACAUUUGGUAAUGAUUUUGCCAAAAUAAAUUGAGGAAAAAAGGUUACAUUCUAGGGAAGAAGUUUACAUUCUUUUUUGUGAUUGCACAUCUUGGAUUAGUUAUCUCUAUUUUCAGUUUUUCACAUCAAAGACGUGUCUGGACUCUGGACCACACUCCUUGACGAUUACUGAAGCAAAUUUAUAGAACCAAAAAAUAGGAUCAAAUUUCCAAUUUGUUAAAAUUAGGAUUUCUAGUAGUACCUACUCCACUAGAAAAAUUUGAAUAAAAUAAAAAAAUAC